UGGAGAUAUUUACGGGAGGGGAGGAGGGAGAGGACGAGGGGAGCAGGGAAAGGACGAGAGGGGCGAUAUGCUGCUGCGGAGUGCGUCCUCGCCGCUGCCCGGCUGCGCGCGCGCGCCGGCCGAGCACGGCGGCGUCGGCGCGGGGCAUCUCGCGCUGGUGUCGCCGUCGCCGUCGCCGUCGGCGCCGCCGAGGCAGGGGGCGCUGUGCCGCGCGAUGUCCGAUGGCGACCUGGCACUGGCAGGGCCGCUCACCCCCGCCGUCGGGGGCAAGAAGGUAGACGGACACGUUUACGACAGGAUUCCGCCGUUGUCGGCGUCCACGUCGGCCUCCAUCUCCGUCCAGGAGGAGGAAAAAGAGGGCGAGGAGGGUUCGCUUGCGGAGGCGGCCGUGCUGCUGGGCCGACUGCUGACAAGCACGGUGCUUCACGCGCCCACGGGGGCGGCCGCCGCCGUGGCGUUCGUCGAGGAGGGCGUCGGGGGAGGUGGCGGCGGUAGGAAGGCGUGCGGCAGCGGUAGGCAGGAUGGCGGCGACGACGGAAACAGCCGCAGCGCCACCGACGCGCACUACCGGCGGAUAAUCGAGUCCAACCCGGGCAACUCGCUGCUGCUCGGCAACUACGCCAGGUUCCUCAAGGAGGUGGAGGGGGACGCGGCGAGGGCGCAGGAGUACUGCGAGCGCGCCAUCCUGGCGAACCCCAGCGGCGCCGAGGCCCUGGCGCUCUACGCGGAGCUCGUCUGGGAGACCAGCCGCGACGCCGGCCGCGCCGACGCCUACUACAGCCGCGCCGUCCAGGCCGCGCCCAACGACUGCUAUGUCCUGGGCUCCUAUGCCGGGUUCUUGUGGGACGCCGAGGAGGACGACGAAGAGAACGACAGCGCCGAGCCGCUGCCACCGCCUUCACCGUUCUUAGGGGCAGCCCAGCCUCCUUCCAUCACAGCGGCAUCUCAGGUGAACUCGAGACCUCACCGCCUGUGAACAAGCUGGAUCUGGAACUUUGCGAAGAGCACCAUGAGAGGAAUCACGGCAGCCGGUCCUCUCCGAUGAGUCACCGUCGUCACCGGCUCGCCACCGCUUGUAAACUGAACCGGCCACAUGUAAAACUGAGUCAGGAAGGGCAAUAAGGUCGCCAUCGGUAGAAUUAAUCUGCAGGGUUAUGUGAUAGGUAUCUAGUUUGAGACUCUGCAGAUCUUGUACAUGCAGAAUGUUGUUGGCCACUUGUGUUAUUAGUAUUAGUAUCACUUGUGAAAUAAACAUCAGAAUCGUUCGUUCCAGCUA